CAAAAAAAUAAAUUUAAACAAUAAUUAUCUAAUUAAAAAAAAAACAGUAACUCAUUCUUGAGCAACAAUUAAUUUAAAUAUGUAUUAUAAUAUUUCCUUUUUUUUUUUCAACAGGCCAACUUUUAUCAUUCUCUUACACCAGGGGUGAGCAAUCCUGGUCCUCAAGGGCCGCAGCGCUGCAUAUUUGACUUAUUUCUCUGCUCCAACACACCUGUUUUACUUUUCAAACAUCACAUUAGAAUAUUUAUUGUAUUACUGUUAAGCCCCCUAAAAUAUCUAAAUAAGCAUGAACAUGUAGCUAUGUUAGCUGUAUGUAAAAGGUUUGCAACAAAAAAGUGUGAAAAUCAGUUUCGCAUUCAUCGAGUUACUUCACUGCGCCUGUUAAACUGAUCACUGAGUGGAGCGGGCGACCUUUCCAAGAUGGCGGCCCUACGGCUCGUCAGCGCCAGUAGGCAACAGCGUGCGGACGGUCACGUACAAUGACACGCACGGCACGUAGCGGAUGGGAAAUUAGGAAACCAGGAAGUGACAGCUCACACCGGAUCACCGCCUUCUCACAGCUGUAGUCACUGACAGUUUGGAUUUUCUCAUUUUAACUCAUUUACGAACAGAGAGCGGGCUUAAAGCUUAAAUUACCAAAAAGAAUAAAACGUAAAGGUCGUCAUGAAGCUGGUGGUCUUCCUCCUCCUCCAUAUGUUCGGGUCUGCUCACGGCAGGUGUUUCUGUCAGGUCACAGGUGACCUGGACGACUGUGCCUGUGACGUGGAGACCCUGGACCGCUUCAACAACGACCAGCUUUUCCCUAAACUUCAAACUCUCCUGGAGUCGGACUACUUCAGGUUUUACAAGAACGAGGUGCCUGAGGGCCUCCGGUCCUCCUCCUCCCACAACAAGUACUCAGCUGAGGCCAAUGAGCAGUCGAAAGAAUGCGAACAGGCGAAACAUCUCGGAGCCGUAGACGUCUCUUUGAGUGACGAGACUCGAAAGGCUUUGCUGAACUGGAGCAAACAUGACGAUGAAGCCGAGAGGUUCUGUGUCGUUGACGAUGAGCAGUCACCUGACUCCCAGUAUGUCGACCUGCUGCUGAACCCUGAGCGCUACACGGGCUACAAAGGACCAGAGGCCUGGCAGAUCUGGAACAGCAUCUACGAGGARAACUGCUUCAAACCGUUCACCGUCAAGCGACCACUUGUUCCCAACUCCUAUCAGAGCAGUUCAGGAAGUGAAGCGAGGACCUUCUACAGCUGGCUGGAAGGUCAGUGUGUGGAAAAGAGAGCGUUCUACCGCCUCAUUUCUGGCCUCCACGCCAGCAUCAACGUUCACCUGAGUGCCAGGUACCUCCUGGAUGAUAGUUGGUUUCAGAAGAAGUGGGGUCACAACGUGUCAGAGUUCAGGCAACGUUUUGACUCGGAGCUGACGGCCGGCGAGGGGCCCAAGAGGCUCCGCAACCUCUACUUCCUGUACCUGAUCGAGCUGCGAGCGCUGGCCAAGUCUCUGCCCUUCUUCCAGCAGAGGUCCUUCCAGCUGUUCACCGGCCGAGCAGAGGACGACCAGAGGAACAAAGAGAUGCUGCUGGACAUCCUGCAGCUGGCCAGAUCUUUUCCGUUGCAUUUUGAUGAGACAUCUUUGUUUGCAGGAGAUGAAAAGGAAGCGGCAAAACUGAAGGAGGACGUCAGGCUGGCGUUCCUCAACAUCUCCAGGAUCAUGGACUGUGUCGGCUGCUUCAAGUGUCGCCUCUGGGGGAAGCUGCAGACUCAGGGAUUAGGCACGGCGCUGAAGAUUCUGUUUUCAGAGCGACAGAUUGAAUCUCUGCCCAACCAAUCCAGCGAGCAGCAACCCAGUUUCCAGCUCAGCCGGCAGGAGAUCGUCUCCCUGCUCAACGCCUUCGGCAGGAUCUCCACGAGCAUCAGAGAGCUGAAGAACUUCAGGUCGCUGCUGGCGGAGGAGCGGUGACGACUCGGCUCAACUUCUGAUCAGGUUCAUCUUCAACUUUGGGCUUUUGAGUCUCUGAGCUGCUGACUGCAAUCUGAGGACCGCCUUAAUCCUGCUGAAUAUAAUUUGGACUGUUGUUAAUUUGGGAUGAAGACGUCACAACUGUGGAGGAAGUUAUUUUUUUAUUUUUUUAUUUGUUUAGGAAAGAUUAAAUUUGUAAAGAGUUUUUCUUCUGUUGACUUGAUGUGAAAGGAAAAGAGACUAAGGAAUGUAAAAUAUUAACUUGACUUGCAAAAGCAGUGUCUUUCUUUGUUCUGAGGUCUUCUCUGUUUGUGAAGGAAUUAAACCGACUUCUGCUGUUUGAUUUAAAAUCUCAGGAACAAGAUAAGUUCAAACAGUAAGCUGUGAAGUUAAAAAAAUACGUUUUGAUUUAUUUUACUUAUAAACUUUCUUUGCAACAGUUAUUUUAUUGGUCAGAGAUGCGUUCAGGUACACGUCUCAUUAAUGUUAAUUCAAGUAUUAUAAAAAUAUAGAAUAUAUUUGUAUCGAUUUUCUUUCUUUUAAUAUUGAUACACCCCCAGCUGUUAGGGGGCAGCAUAACGAUGCAUCAUUCCUGAUCAGAGCGAGGAACAAGCUGCAAGUGAGGUCGAUGAGUUAAUGAAACGACCUGCAGUAUUCUGGAAGCACCUUUGUCCCUAAUAACACAUGUUUGGACACAUUUUGGUUUUUUAUAAGUAUGUAAUAUAAUUGUAUAAUAUGUUGAUGGUUUUGUUGAGUCAGUGGUGUAAUUCAAAUAUGGUGAAUUUUUAUUUAUGUUAAUAUUUAAAACUGUUUUACCUGCUGGAGCAGAGUUUCAGAACUCUGUCAGCACAAAUUAGAUUUUUGAAAACUAUUUUUGGUUUCAAAAUUCAAGUACACACAAAAUAACUGACUUUUUUUUCUCUCAACUUAUACAACUGGAACAAAAGAAUUUAGUGUAAUUUACUGUACAUCUCUAAGCUUUUAUAACACAGAAAAAAAUACAGUAACUUUGUUUCCCCCACAAACUACAUCUAUUUGGAGGGCUUUGUAAAGGUGUAAAAUGAGAAUUUUGUUUUAUAAUUAUGGUAUAUUAAAAUGCAUUUAUUGUA